CUCGGUCCCGGCGGGGGCAGCGGCGGCCACUGGGUUGGCACUGUGUGCUAGGGCCUGGAGGAGGCGUCGCUCAGCGGGUGAGACAGCUGGAGGCCGCGCCCGGCAGUUUCAGGUUUCUGAAACAGAUCGUGAACUUCAUCGAGAGAAUUCAGUUGGAAAACCAAGACCGGCACGUUCUUUUUCUUCAGACAAUAGGCAGGAGCCAGGCAGAGUCCAGGAAUUCUUGAAACAUCUAUCUUCCAUUUGGAGGACCCUGAGUUCUAUUUGAAGACAAAGGCAGUUCAAUAUGGCAGCAGGACUGAAGGGACAUGAAGGAGCUGUUACAGUGAUUUGGUGACAGUUCUUCAAACAACAGUGUCUUAAGGAAAGGUGGAUCAAGAAACCCCUGAACUUUUGGGUUGCAUUAAGUGAGAAAUCAGCAUGGCUCAGGCAAGUCUCCUGGCUUGUGAAGGCCUAGCAGGUGUGAGUUUGGUUCCCACUGCAGCCAGCAAGAAGAUGAUGCUGAGCCAGAUUGCCAGCAAGCAGGCCGAGAAUGGAGAGCGGGCAGGUAGCCCUGAUGUGCUGAGGUGCUCGAGUCAGGGCCACCGAAAAGACAGCGAUAAGUCCCGGAGCCGCAAAGAUGAAGACAGCUUGGCUGAGCCCUCUCAUUCAAAAAAGACUGUUAAAAAGGUGGUGGUAGUGGAACAAAAUGGUUCUUUUCAAGUAAAGAUUCCCAAAAAUUUUGUUUGUGAACACUGCUUUGGAGCCUUUAGAAGCAGUUACCACCUCAAGAGACACAUCCUUAUUCAUACUGGUGAGAAGCCAUUUGAGUGUGAUGUAUGUGAUAUGCGCUUCAUCCAGAAGUACCACCUGGAGCGCCACAAGCGUGUGCACAGUGGUGAAAAGCCCUACCAGUGUGAACGGUGUCAUCAGUGUUUUUCUCGGACAGAUCGAUUACUCAGACACAAACGGAUGUGCCAAGGGUGCCAGUCCAAGACUUCCGACGGGCAGUUUUCUCUAUAGGCGCAAGGGGCCCUGGGUGGUGGGAGUGAUCAGAAGAAUCUACCGAAGAACGCACCCUCCUCUGGUCUGAUGGUCCCACCACCACCCCGUGUGUACCUGUCCCCUCCUGGAGGAGUGGACCCAGGAGACCAGAAGAGUGCAUCAGGGGACAGCAGCCCCAGAGCCUCAGCUCUGUAAAUAAUCUGAGACUAUGAGUAUCUCGGGGAAGUACCUACAGCAUUCCUGGGUAGGAAAGCUAGUCCCUGGACCCUUGGCUGAGGUCAUAGGUGGGGGACUCAAAGUACAGGACCAAGACUGAAGUGUGGCUCCCACAACCUUGGACUCCAACUGGCAGCUGAAAUGAAAAAAAUUGGGGAGAGGGAUUUGUUUAUUUGUUUGUCCUGUUGUUUUUGUUUAUUCAAAAGCAAUUUCAGUAGGUGCACUGUGGAUACAGGUAAUCCGGAGGCAUAGAGCCAUGGUCACAGGGACGAUCGGUGGUCCAGCCCUCCUCCAGAAUUGAGUUUUUAGUUGCAAUUGAUCCUCAGUGUUCCACAGCCCUGCACCUCACCUCCUGUUUGAAGGAGAAUAGGACCAGGGAUUGCAGCUGAGCUUACUUUGGCCUCCUUAUACACUAGGGACAAAAGGAAGAACAGUAGGAGGAGCAGACGAGGGCUGGAUCCAAGAAGAGUGGACAGGUACCUAUUAUUUCCUCUGGGGAAGACUAAGAGUUAUGCCCGUGGGUGUUGUAAUGGUCCAUACCACACUGGUACCUAAUGGGGUCAGCCUAAGUGCCUUUUGGAGGAAACUUGGGUGAGAGUGGCUCAUGAAGCCUUUUCCUUCUUUCUUUGGGCAGUUGACCUUAGAAGUAGUUUGUGGCUACCUCGCUGCCAUUGAUUCCUAAGCCAAACAGAGGUGUUGAGUGGGGAGUCAUGGAUAUCAAAGUAGUUCUUCCUCCUUGUGCCCUCUUAGGAACCACCCAAGUUAUUCCUAAGUUGAGUAACAACUGUUCAGGAAACAAAGGAAUUUGGUGUGUUCCCUGACAUGACUGUUGAGCAUUGUGAGCUGUUUUCUCUGCCCAAGUCUUAUCACUGUAUUCAGGUAGAGGAGAUAGGGAUCUGGCCUUUGGUCCCAAAGAACAAGAUCUUGGCUUCCUGAUGGCCAUCCCUACCCAACAAAGAAUUGAGGGGAGUGGAAGUGCAGAGAAAACUGAGGAAGAAACCUAAUACAGGUUUUAUUCUUAACCGUAUUCUUUGCUCCUCUCUGCUCCAAUACCACCAUCCUAUCUACCCUCAAAAAAGUGAUCUGGUGUGUGUGUGGUAUGUGAGUGUUCAUGUUUGUAUGCUCGGAGAUGGCAUAUUAUUGAGCCAAUCCCUUCUCUGGCCCUCUGCGCAAGGGAGGAUAAGAGUAAAACAACCUCCCCCGCCCCAAACCUGAAGUGCAUAAGGUUUCAGCAGGAGCUGAGGAACUCAAUUGAGGAGACUGGAGGGCUUUGUUUUGGAGGUUUUUUGGUGUUUUAUUUUUUUAAGAUUAAUUCAACAGAGUGGGGGUUAGGAUGUUUCUAACCCAAGCCAGGGGCUUGUGAACAUGAAUUUUCUAAAGUGAAAUAAAAAACCCUCUUCCUGCUAAGAAAAGGAUCCUUAUGAAAGGUUCUGGGGCUUGUAGCCUGUGUUCUAUGGCGUGCCCUGACCCGGGGGAUGGGGAGUAAUCAUGGAGACUUGAUGAACCUGACCAAGCUGUCAGUGGGGCUCUGAAAUGGCAACCUCUAGGAAAUGUGAUUUCUUUCCCCAGAAAAUGUAGGGAACAGCAGCAACAAACUCCUGACUGUAACCUAUUCUGGAAGAGAUAGCAGUGAGGGGUGGGAGCAGUCCAUACCUCUGAGGUGUGAAGAUUUCAGGGAAAGGAAAAGACGCAUGACACCCUUUAGGUUUUCCCUGACAGCAUCUGAGAUCCUUUGGAGGAGGCUUUGGGGAAUGUAUUUGCCGCCUUUUGCUUUAGGCUGCACACCCAUUGGUUGUGUACAGAACCUUCCCUGUGGCCCCUGUAAGCAGGGCAUCUUUCUGCAUGUGAGCCAGCCCCCCUUUCUGUGAGAGUGCUCUGCUCAGGCUGAAAUUUGUCUAUCAUUGACCGCUGGGAAUAUAUUCUGGGAAGGAGGACACAUUUAGAAAACUGUCCUCC